AAGUCAUAUGUCAAUAGUCAUGAAUAUUAAUUAGGGCUAUGUUAAUAUUCAUGAGUCGGGCGGUUGUUAAGGGCGACAGCGUUCACCAACUUUGUUGUGAAUGGACAACAUGUAUAAUAAAAGUUUCAAACACUUUCUGAGGUUAUGAGUUAACGUACAUAUAAAUAUGAACCCAUUUCCAAAGUUAUUAGAAGGCAGUCUCAUCGACACAAAACAUGUAGAGUCCGCAGCGAUAUUUGUGGCGAGAACUGGCGACGUAAGGGCAGCGUCCAACUUUACGGUCUGUCCAGAACAAACUCGGACGUUUCUAGACGCUUUCAAGCAGGUGAAUGUAACGAGGCAGAGAGGACUCGACUUCAGGAGCAAACACUACACCUGUGUGCGUGCCGACAAACACUCCAUAUACACCAAAUGUGAAGGACAUGGCCUGAUAUUGGUGAGAACGGCACUGUAUGUGAUUGUUGCCACAUAUUCACAGAGCAUGUAUCCAAGUAUCUGUGUCGAAGCAGUUGAGAGACUAGCCGAGUAUCUGCGUGAAAAGGGAAACUGAAGCUCGUCGUGUAAGACCAGAAGAGGUGAAGAAUCUAUUCAGUGGGAUUUUUAACACUAUUGAUGAGAAACUAUGGACUGUACUCAAUCUGUUUAGUAACAGUGACACCAAGUUCCACAGAUAGAUGGUGCCCUCACAGCGGCAGGUGCCCUGAUACUGGGUGGUGACGCUGAAGACCACAUCAUUGGGGCCAUCUUUUAAGUGGAGACUGGCC